ACUGCCGGGAUGACCACCCUCCCCACCUCUCCCACUCCUGCCUCCCUCGCAACGCUGCGGCAAGCCAUGGGCGUGAGCACUACUGACUUGUCCGCGCCAACGCGCUCCGCCAACCUCUCGGGGUGCAUGGCCAUGGCCUCCUCCUCCUCCUCCUCCUCCUCUGCCACUACGUGGCCGCGGGCAGACAAGCACCGCGGUGCCGCCGGCACCGUUCGCCGCGCGCAGCUCGUUCUGUCGCGCGACGCCGGCUGGUGCGGGCUACGCGCGUGGCGGCGGCUGCUCAGGCGGCUGGCGCAGGAGACCAAGUGCAUCUGCAGCUCCCCGACGGCGGCCACGGGCAGGCACAUCACGUUCGGCUACGAUGCCGCCAGCUACGCCAAGAACUUCGACGACGGCCGCAGCACCGCGCCACGCUGCGCCACCCCCGUCGUCGUCGUCGCCAAUGGCGCCGAUAAUUCGAGCGGCAACUGAGCCAGAUCGACGUUCUUUUCUCCCCUACUCGAUCCCCUUCUGAUCUUUAUUUUUUUCUUUCUUCCUCUCUUGCGUUUGUUUCCUUCCCCUUUUUGCACCUCCUUGGUGAUGGUGAAUUGGUGUUGUAACGGCCUCAUCAAUACCCCAUCUAGUAAUUUUGUACAUACCUUUCGAGAUAACACGAUCGCAGUUCAACCACA